AUGGAUAGAGGGGACCUCCGAAUGAUGUCGCUUCUUCUUUCGAGAGUGCUAGAGGACAUUGGAGUAAGCUCGUACAUAAUAUUCAGGCGAAGGAGGACGUGGCUUGAGAUAGACACACAUAAUUCAAUGUUGUGUACGAUGAACGGUAAACAAAUUACUCAUUUUACAUUUGGCAGCCAGAGUGAGGGCACUACAACACCUGGCAUGCAGUCGGACGUUGAUUCGUUAAGGUGUUUAAAUUCAGUGCAUGUAAUAUUGGACUUGGAUGAGUGGAAACAAGAGGACUAUAAUCUCCUGGUGAAAACGACCGAGCAGUCUCCACCCCAACACUGCUGGCUGCAACGACUGAGAACGGACCUUCCGUUACCAGUGACACAUGCAAUGUUACGAAAUGAUAUAGAAUGUGAGGGCAUAGUGUUGCAUUCAAACGCUGUUGUUGUAAACCGUGAACAUUUAAGACGAUUCAGUCUGUCAGAUGAAAUAGUGCGCCAUGGCCCAUCCAUAAGUUGGACUGAAGCCAGAGACAAUGUCCUUGCAUACAAGUGUGCCAGACUACCUGAUGAAUGUCAAAUCCUGUUUCAAAGACCACGUCCUGGACACUGGCCGAAUCCUGACAUACUAGAAAGGGCCAGACAGACUGGGGUGUUCCUUGUGCCACAGGGAUACACUGAGUCUCCUUCGAGGCCAUCCAAGUGUCGUUCUACCGCACUGCAUGUUACACAGUAUGACCUAUACUAUCCCAAAUCUAAAUUGGAAUGGAGAUUGUCUACAUCAAUGAUGGAGAGGAUUUGGGUUUUUGACUUCAACAUUAUUCAACAUAAAGUGUACGUACUCCUUAAAAUGUUAAGAAAAUCCUUCUUACAGCCAAUUGUUGGAGAUCGCUUUAGUACAUUUCACAUGAAGACUUGCAUGUUUUUCACCAUCGAGACAUACCCACCAGAUAUAUGGAGGGAGGACAACCUUGUACAAUGUGUGAUCUACUGCCUGACUACACUCAAAAGGUGGUUAAAGAUUAAAUACUGUCCACACUACACAAUAGCCGGAGUUAAUCUUUUUACUGGAAAGCUGUUCCAGUACGAGCAAAAUAUUAUUGCCAAAACAGUGACCAACAUGUUAACCUCGAAUCUGCAAUGCUGUCAUUUUAUUGAAAUGGAUUCACUUGGGGCAAAAGUUAUGGCAUUGCAACUAGGUAUUGUAAUAAGUGAAAACAAAUCCAAGAAUAUUAUAAACCAAACUACUAGUAUAACAUCAAAUCUGUGUUACGAGUUUAUUGGAAACUGUCAAGCUAAUGUUUUGCUUCUGAUGGAUAAAACAAACAGUUGGGAUCUUCAACAGUUUGAACAAGCCAACUUACAGUAUAUCACUACACUACUCAACAUUUCUGAUCAAGGAACUGCAUUGCAACAAGAAUCAGCCACUUUUCCUCUUGCAUGUCUUACAAGCAAUCUUGCCUCUGCCCUGGCCUCUAGAUGCAUCUACUUGGGACAACCAAUUACACAGGACAUUCUCAACCUGUACAGACUAUCCUUUGACUCUGAUCUGCUAUCCACUAAACUGAAGUUUGCUUCCAUGUUAUACCGCAGUGGACAGUAUGAGGCAGCAGAAAACUGUCUGAGCUACUGA